AAUUUAUGUACAACCGGCCAUGGGUGACGCUGUGCGCAUGACAUCUGCAGCAACUGCAGAAUCUCACCCCCCUUCGCUUCGCCACUUUUUCAAAUUCCGCUUGAUGACUUUCCAUACAUAUCGCUUACCUCUCACACGAUGCAGCUGGCACGUCUCUGCAAGUCGAUUAUCACAUCGUCCCAAGUCUUUUCUCCCUGUUAUUUGGACCCAGCUAGGAUCUACAAAUCAUAAUAUCGACUGAAGGUCAGGCCGUGAUUAUGGAAGCGAUCCUCGAAGGACCUGCACUGAAUCCGCCACCUGGAGUGGUGCCCAACUUCGCUUAUCCCGGUGGCAGUCAGUCGAUUGGGUACGGCAUCGUCAUCGCCAGUUCCAUCAUCUCCACCAUAGCAGUUCUAGCACGUUUAGUGAGCAGCACUAUUGCCAAGAAGUUUGUUCUCGAGGAUGCAUUGAUGGCGAUUGCAUUAGGCAUUUUUGCAGGAAAUCAAUACAUCACUUACGAUCUCAGUAUCUACCCAGGAGUUUGGGCCCAUCAAUGGAAUAUUCAGAACAGAUUCUUCAUCCACUUCCUUUAUAAUAUUCAUUUAGGCGCCGUGUAUUACGGUCCUAUAGCAAUGUGCAUCAAAGUGGCCAUCCUUGUCAACUGGCUACGUAUCUUCGUGCCCACGGGUGUACGCAAUGCCACGUUCUGGAUGAUGCAUAUCCUAAUCUGGGUUAAUGUCGUCUUUUAUACCAUUACGACCUUCACUGAGAUCUUUCGCUGCUGGCCGCGAGAGAAGAUCUGGAACCCCUGGUUUGAAGGGGGUAGCUGCCCGAUUGACGUAGAGACACAGAACAUCGCAACUAGUGUUCUGAAUUUCAUUUCCGACACGACCAUUCUCGCGAUGCCUCAGUGGAUCAUCUGGAAUCUGCACCUGUCUCGGAAGCGUAAAUGGGGCAUAUCAUUACUCUUCGGUAUCGGAGUCGGUGCUUGGACCUUUGGCGUGGUUCGCACGGUAUACUUUGUCAAGUUACUCAGUUCCGAAGAUGUGACCUAUCAGAUGUCUGGCGUUGCUAUAUGGACGAUUUGGGAAGUAACAACCGGAUUCCUGAUCAUGGGCAUUCCUGCUUUCCCUAGAGUUGCCAAGAGCUUGCCCAUACCUGAGUCGGUCAGUUCGUUCUUUCGCUCGUUGUCAGGUUAUAGCGGGCGAAGUAGGUCACAAGCAAGUAAACCCAAGUGGCAGGUCAUGUACAAGCCAAAAUCUCGACGACGUCGCAGCCUUUGGGAAAUCAGCGAGCUAAAUACGCAUGACUUGGUUACAGAAAGCAGUGCUGGCGACGACGGUAGUACCAUCAGCCCUACACAUGCAGAGAUGGUGGAAACGGGAUCCACUGAACCCAGCCAACUACAGACUGUCUGAGAGAUUCACGUAGUAUCCUUCUAUCAAAUUUGUCAACAAG